AUGUCAUCAGCCCAUAGGCCAACAUGGGAUCCAGCAAAGGGAAGAGCGGAUGAUAGACACAAAUCUGCACGAGUAGGUGCACGGCAAAUGCCAGCACAUACGAAGCUAAAAUUCAGACAGCCACAGCAAGGUGGUCCAAACGAUGGCGAAGGAUCAUCAUCAAAGGCAGAAACAAGAAGGGAUCUGAAGAGAGAGUUAGAAGAAGCUGAAAGAGCAAGCCGGAACAAGAAGCGUAAGGAACAGGGUCUAGCUCUGGAGGAGGACGUAGAACAGCAACCCAAGGCGAUCGAAGGCGGUGACGUUGAGACAGAUGCAGAGAGAAGGAAACUCAUCGCACAAUUACAAGAAUUGGAUGCAGAUGAAGAGAGUGAUGACGAAACACCAGGAUCGCAAUCCGGGAGAAAGACUGCAAAAAUUGAAGCAGAUUCCGACUCAGAUGACAGCAGCGAAAGCGAAGACGAUGAUGAAGAAGAUGAUACAGCAGCGCUAUUGAGAGAACUAGAAAAGAUCAAGCGGGAACGUGCGGAAGAGAAAGAAAGGCAAGAACGAGAAAGAUCAGAGAUGGAACAGUCAUCACGGGAAGAGGAGAUUGCACUGGGAAAUCCCUUGUUGAACUUGGAGCACGCAUUGAAAGGCGCUUCAUCCAGCAGCAGUCAAGCUGAGAGCACGGGCUUUGGAGUGAAGAGAAGAUGGGACGAUGAUGUCAUCUUUAAAAAUCAAGCUGCCGGCAAUGAAGGAGGCGAUAAGAAUGGAUUCGUUAACGAUUUGACCAGAUCAGAAUUCCACAAGAGGUUCAUGCAAAGAUAUGUGCGAUAG